UUCCCUCCCCCUCUCCUCCUCUUGGCCGGGUCUGGCUAAUUCAGUCCUCCUUCUUCUCCCCGGGAUUCCAGAGAUAAGCGGCAGGAGGCGGGGAAAAGGAGAGAGGAGGGGGAGGAGGGGGCGGUGCCUUCUUGCCCCUUCUUUUUCCCUCUCAGUCUGGCCGCGUCCUCCGCCGGGGUCUGCUUCGGGAGGCUCCCUGCUCUCCUCCCCGGAGCAGUCAUGAACCGAGUGGGGAAGCGGGAGAACGACGAGACCCUCAUCGAGAUGGGUCCGGCCAAUGACGGAGAAGAAACCAAUGGACCUUUAUUUGAAAAUAUAUCAAGCACAGAUUCAGAACUUCCUGGAAACUCUGAGCUAGAAGCAGCGCUUCGGCUGUUGAAUUGGCCACAUGUUGUGGGAACAGCUAGCAGCGGGUUUGAGGGCCUAAGUACCACAGAGACUACAUUACUCAUCUCUGACCUUCAAGGGAAAACUGGAAGGAGAUUCAAAUUGUUCCUGAAGCAACGUCUCAGGAUUGACAAGCGGCAUCAAAGCAAAGACUCCAUUUUCUUCAGAGAUGGUGUCCGACGAAUAGACUUUAUACUGGCUUAUGUGGAUGAUCCAAAAAUAGAAGGAGAAAAGAAAGUGGAACGGAGACGAGAAUUCGAAAACAAUCUAGCAAAGGCAGGUCUGGAGCUAGAAACUGAAGACAAGAAGGAAUCUGAAAAUGGCAAAACUUAUUUUGUGAAGAUACAUGCACCAUGGGAGGUUCUGACCACAUAUGCUGAAGUGCUGAACAUCAAAAUGCCCAUCAAGGAAAACGAUAUCCCCUGUGCUGUAGAAACCCCCUUUAACUGGGUGGCUUGGCCAUUUAGGCUACCUGAGAUUGUGAUGCAUCCAGAACCAGACUACUUUACAGCCCCAUUUAGCAAGGAAAGGCAGGAACUCUACCUCAUUGAUGAUGAGAAUACAUUUUUCUCCCCAUCUGUCAGGAACAGAAUUGUUUUCUAUAUUUUGACAAGAUGUCCUUAUGGAACUGAAGAAGGGAAGAAAAAGUUUGGCAUCAAAAGGUUGAUAAAUAAUGGCACCUACUCUGCUGCUUAUCCUCUCCAUGAUUGUCAGUACUGGAGGAAGGCAAACGAUCCAAAAUGUGAAAAUGAGAGAUACACAUUAUACAGGGAGUGGGCAAGGUUCCCUCGCUUUUUCAAAGAGCAGCCUUUGGAUCUUAUCAGGAAAUACUAUGGAGAAAGAAUUGGCAUCUAUUUUGCCUGGCUGGGUUUCUACACUGAAAUGCUCUUCUUUGCAGCUGUUGUUGGUUCAAUUUGUUUUCUUUAUGGUGCCUUUACAAUGAAUGAAAAUAUGAGUAGCCGAGAAAUUUGUGAACCCAGCAUUGGGGGAGAAAUUAUCAUGUGCCCAUUAUGUGAUAUAAAAUGUGACUACUGGAGGCUUAACUCCACAUGUGAAACUUCAGAGUACUCCCAUUUGUUUGACAAUGUGGCAACCCUCUUUUUUGCCAUUUUUAUGGGUAUCUGGGUUACCCUUUUUUUGGAGUUUUGGAAACGUCGUCAAGCUCGACUUGAAUAUGAGUGGGAUUUAGUUGAUUUUGAGGAAGAACAGCAGCAACUACAAUUAAGGCCAGAGUAUGAAGCAAAAUGUACCCAAAAGAGAAAGAAUCCAGUGACUCAGGAACUAGAAUUGAUUAAAAGGAAGAGUUUACAUGAAUAUGGGAAACUAAGCUUGUUGUACUUUGGAGUGUUGUUUUGGAUCUCUUUAAUCAUAGCAAGUAUGAUUGCUGUGAUAGUUUAUCGCCUUGCUGUUUAUGCUGCUUUUGCCAGUAUCAUGGAGAACACACAAACUCUGCAGCCCAUCCGAGGUUUACUGACGCCUCAACUGGCCACUUCAGUCACUGCAUCAUUCCUGAAUUUUGUCAUCAUUAUGAUUCUGAAUUUCUUAUAUGAGAGGAUAGCUAUCUGGAUCACUGAUAUGGAAAUCCCAAGGACUCACUUUGAAUAUGAGAACAGACUCACUAUGAAGAUGUUCUUGUUUCAGUUUGUCAACUACUACUCUUCAUGUUUCUAUGUGGCUUUCUUCAAAGGGAAGUUUGUGGGCUACCCUGGCUCUUACACAUAUAUGUUUGAUCGGUGGAGAAAUGAAGAGUGUGAUCCUGCAGGAUGCUUGAUAGAACUAACAACACAGCUUACCAUUAUCAUGGCUGGCAAACAAAUUUGGGGUAACAUCCAAGAAGCCUUUGUACCGUGGAUAUGGAAUUGGUGGGGUCGUCGGAAAGCCAGGAACAAUCCAGAAAAUUUGUAUGGUCGAUGGGAGCAGGACCAUGAUCUACAGAACUUUGGAGCUUUAGGCCUAUUCUAUGAGUAUUUGGAAAUGGUCAUUCAGUUUGGAUUUAUUACCCUGUUUGUGGCCUCCUUUCCCUUGGCCCCACUCCUUGCUUUGAUGAACAAUAUCUUGGAAAUUCGAGUUGAUUCUUGGAAGCUAACCACUCAGUUUAGAAGGCCAGUGGCAGCCAAAGCACACAGCAUAGGAAUUUGGCAAGAAAUUCUCAAUGGGAUGGCAAUCUUAUCUGUUGUCACAAAUGCAUUCAUUGUAGCCUUCACAUCUGAUAUGAUUCCUCGACUAGUAUACUAUUAUGCCUAUUCUACGGAAUCUGAUUCACCCAUGAGUGGAUAUAUCAAUGACAGCCUUUCUGUAUUUAGAAUAUCAGAUUUUCUUGAGAAAAACAGGCCUGAAGAAAAUCCUGGCAACUUUUCCACUUGCAGGUAUAGGGACUAUCGGUAUCCACCAGACCAUGAGAAGCAGUAUACACACACCAUGCAGUUCUGGCACAUUCUGGCUGCCAAAAUGGCUUUUAUCAUUAUUAUGGAGCACGUUGUCUUCGUUGUCAAGUUCUUUGUCGCUUGGAUGAUACCUGAUGUCCCAGCUGAAGUGAAAGCCAAAAUAAAGCGGGAGAAGUACUUAACACAAAAAAUACUACAUGAAUAUGAACUCUAUAAACUUAAGCAGAAGCUAUGUGAAGGAAGGACUGAUGCAAGCAUGGAAAAGGUGGUGAUGGCCACUGAAGGGAAGGUUGAAUUAUCAGAACUCAUGUAGCAUUUGGAAAGACUGACUGCCUAGAAUUCCAGCCUCUGAAAUUUUAGUGUUCAGGAUCUGUGAUGGGCAAGCUGCUCAGUGUGUCAUGAAAGCUGUUCAGUCUUUUUAAUCAGUUCUUUCUGAACCUAAAGUUAUUCUCAAAGCAGUUGGAAAGAGAACAAGGUGGCAUGGACUGAAGUUGGUCCACCAACCAUUUUCAGUUCUGUACAUUUGCUGUUGUGUAACCUUGAAAAACAAGCUUCUGGUUGUGGAAUUGCAGCAUCUCUUUCACUGCCUUGCCUUUCUGAGAUGAUUUAGGCUUUUUUUGGAACCAAGAAUGUCUUAAUGAAUAGCUCUCAAAGUACUUUAUUUUCAGUGGUGGCUUGAAGUCAUGUUGUGCAAAUGUGAGAAGACGAUCCCCAGUGAAGUCAGGGUGUUGCCAGAAGGAAAUAAACUGUGGUCUUGUUUUUGUAUGCAUGCAUGAGUGUAUAUGAGUCUAUAAUGCUAAGAGUCUGAAGUAUAGUCUUUCACUUGUUGCAAAAGAAUAUUUGUACCCUUUUAUCAUUCUCUUCUUUAGAUUUUAUAGGGUGCAACAGACUCUGGUGGCUUUGUCUCAUUGAUGUUUGUCUGUCGCCAAAUGUGGAGACAUUGGGAACUGAAGUACUGAUCUACCCCUCUUAGUCAACCUGGGGAAGGCAAAAAGGGCUUGGUACCCCAAGUACAUGAGUGUUCGAGAAGAUUUUGCCAAAUGGUACUAUUAACACACAAACUGUGCCUAAUUUUUAGAAAAGCAGAGACAUUGCUCAGUAUUAAAGAAGACUUAGCCUGCAAUUCCCUGCUUACUCAUAGUGACUGUUCAACAGCUUGUAGUUUUCUAGCUGUGACUUUCAUAAUGGAUUUGAGCAUUUGAUACUUGGAAAAUUGUAAACAUAUCACAAGUGUGCACUUCUUCUGCACAGAUCUGCACCUUCAAAUGCCUUACAACAGACUUUGUAGGUUUUUUAAUGCUCAGAUAGCCUAAGUGUAGAGUAACAGUACAACAGAUCCAGUGUGGUGAACUGGUUUGAGUGCUGGACUGUGACUCUGGAGACCAGGGUUUGAAUCCCUACUCAGCCAUGGAAACCUCCUGGGUGGCCUUGGGAAAAUCACAUUCUCUCAGCCUCAAAGGAAGUCAAAGGCGAGCUCCUGAAGAAACCUUGCCAAGAACAUCCUGUGAUAUAGUUGCCAUAAGUCAGAAAUUACUUGAAUGUAUACAACAAAAACAAAGCAGAAAGGCUAAAUAUAAUUACUUCACUGUUUAAAAGGACUUAGCCAACUUGUUGUCUUUCAGAUGUUGCCAGACUAUAACUUCCAUCACUCCUAAUUAUCAUAGCCAAUGGUGAGAAAUGCUGAGAGUUUCAUCACAUUUGGAGGUGCACAAUUUGUCCAACCCUAAUCUAAAUCUAAAGAAAUCCAAAUGUAGACAUUUUUUUAUAAUUUAGUUUUAUUUCAAAUAAUCUUUCAGUUAGCUUUUUUCAGCAUUAAAUAUUAUAUGGAGAUGGUUUAUGCAAAUAUUGUGUUAUUGUUAUGCAAAUGCUGUGCUGGUUUACUUUACUAUUCACCCUUUUUAAAAGAAAACCAUUCUUAAAUGACUAGUUUGGGGCGGAUAGUUUCAAGGAAGGCAAGAUUAUUCAUUAUAUAAAUGUAAUAUUGAAUGGGUAGCAUAUUGUAUAAAGACAAGAACCACUGGAGGAUCUUGAAUUCGGUUAUGUACUUUUGUUAGCCUCUUGUUUUUAUUGUAAUGGUUUCAUAGUUUCAUAAUCCUGGAAGAAAACAUCAACAGGGCUACAAAAUGUUAACAAAGCCAUUUGCUAUUAAUCCGCCUUAGUAACAGACCUAUUCAUGUUUGUACAGAACAGGUAUUCUUUAUAUUUUAUUAUUGAAAGGUUGUGUACCUUGAUAUAGACAGACAUCUAAUUCUAAGAAAUUUUCUUGUUUUUUUAAAAAAAGAAGAAGAAGAAGAAGAAGAAGAAAUUAUUAUAGAGGACAGUUUUCAGGCAAUUUUGCAGUCAUAUACACAUUCUACUCUGCAUAGGAUGUGUCAGAAUAUCUUUGUUUUGUUAUAUAAUUUCAAUUAUCCACAAGUGUUUUUUGAGGGUUUGCUACAUUUCUUAAAGCUAAGUCUAUAUAACACUGCUUAGUAGUGCCUUGUUUUCUUGGCACUUGAGGUAAAGUUUAUUUGGAAAAUGCUCACUGCCUAGCAUAAAGUAUAUUGUAUUUUAUCAGUGAAUUCGUAGCUAUCAAAAAGCUUUCUCACUCAAUCAUGUACGGAGUAUCUGGUAACAAUAAGGGCAGGUUUUGCACACUUCCUAGCUUGAGUAGUUCUAUGCACACCAGAAGAAUGCAACCUGAGAGACAUCAGGUGUUUCCUGGAUUCUGUUUUUCAAAAAGGAAACAUUUUGAAUGUCGUCAUAGUAUCAUGUUUUUGAAAUAUUUGCACUUUGGAAGUUAUGCUUGACUGUUAAGCAUUGAAACAAAUAUCCUAGUCUGUGUUUUGCAUGUGAACCACUGAAUAUGCUCUUUCAUGUAUUUGUAUGCAUUGUGUGCUAAUUCUGAUACCAUAACAGCAACUGCCCAGUUUAAAACACUUCUGGAAAAUAUUCCAAAGACAUGGGCUCACUGGUUAACAGACAAGUCCUAAAUCCAUGAGCAGAAUGCCCUGGUUUCAUCCACAAAUAAAACAUGCUUAUUUUAGCAACAAAAUUAUAUAGAUCAUACACUGCUCCAAUGGAAGGGUCUACAGAGUAUAUCUAUAUGCUAAGGAUCCUGUCCAAAUAUGCUGAUUUGUUUUGCCAAGUGAACCUCAUGUCAUGUUUUGCGGUAGACGUAUUAGCUUAGUAUCAGACAAAAGGUAUCAUUUUAGGAAAGCAGGUGUCAGUUCAGAUAAUGCAGUGUGUUAUACAAUUACAGUUCAAAAUACAAGAAUAGGGCCAUCUUUGAAAGCUUCUGUAAUCUCUACUUUGCACUACUGGAUAGGAUAGCCAGCUGUGUGAUGCCUGCCAUGUCAGUGUUUUUGUACUCUUUCCCUUCUAGCGUCCAUUGUCCCUUUUGAUUGUGUAUAAUUGUGAAGCUUCAUAGAAAAAUAACAUCACAGAGUUAGGCAUAGAAUCAGAGAAGCAGUGUUAGUACUUUGCUCUGGACAGCACUGAGAAUGAAGUAUGGUAUUUUUUCAGACUCAAAUUCUGAGUUGACACCCUUUUUGCAUCUUAAAGUGGCUUGAUUUCUCAUUUUGAAAACACCAUCUUUUUGUUAUUGAAGUGCAUGUAUAUCAUAUACUGUGUAUUUAGUAUGCCAAAGAUACAUUGCAAUCACCAAAAUCUACAUAUAACACCAAAAAAGCCUUCUUAGAAUUGAGUAUCAAACAUUUUGCUGCUUCUUUUCAAAUGUUCUUACAAAUCUAAAUAGAGAAUGUGAAGUAUUUUUACUCUUGUUGUAUUUGUAUUAUUGUUGAAAAACUUUGUAACCAACCAGUGUUUGCAAAACUGAACAGCAUGAGGUUCAUACAGGCUAACAACCUAACAUUCCCAUGCCAAAUACAUAUUAUAAUACUUGACACAAAAAUGCCAAGUAUACCAAAUUAAGUGAUACUGUUCUCAAACAAGCAAGAAUGUUGUUAAUUCCCAGCUAAAGUAGACUCAUUCAUUCUCUUGUUGAAUGAUGAGUCAAAACAUAGAUAAACAGAAUUAAUUCAGUAGCUCCAUUCUUGGGACUAAUAAUAGGUUUUAAGCCAUAUAUAGAUUGGUUGGCUGUUUCUUAAUGUAUCACACUAAGGAUGUUCAGUUUAAAAAUAGAGUGGCACAGAUGGAAGGAACUGACAUAGGCAAAAUGACUAUAUUGUUAUCUCCAGAAGUCCAAACAAAAUGAAAUUGCACAGAUAGUAGUUGCUGUUAUUCAGACUUUGGGGCAGUUGUUUUUUAGACCACAUUUCUCAGAAUAUCCCACCCAGAGUUGUAAAAUAAAAACUUUCCCAAGUCGUGUUGUUAUAACCUCUAUUCAUACUGUUUGUAGCCAAAGGCAUAAAGGAAGUGGAGUGUUAAAGAAGUGAUAUGUUUACUUGCACAAUUCACACCCUGUUGCUUGUGGAUAACUGGGUCAAACACCUGAAUGUGUAUGCAGGGAAGUCAACUUCUGAGGCAGAAGCCCACCCACAUCAUCAGUCAUUUGUUUGGCUUAUAAUCAAGUCUGUUUUGUACUAGUAACAACAAAUGCUCCUGGGACUCUGUGUACCCAGUAUUCAUGCAUUGUUUGAUGGAUCAACAGUUCAACAGCACUUUCUUACUGGAUUGUAAUUUUAGUGACAUGUCCAUUUGUACAACCACACAACACUGUCAUUGUUUCUUAUUCACUAUUUGUAUUUGUAUGCAAUUUCCUUUGAGCCAUUAUUUAACUUGUUAGUAUUUUUCAAUAUGAUCUUUUGUCUUUUGGACUUCUGCUUUAAACUUGCAGACCAAAUCAAAAUGAAUAGCCUCUUGGCUCAUUUUACACUGGACUAUGUUUGCAUAGGAUUGCAACUAAUUAAUCCUGCAGGGUAUGUUUGAAUCAGUUUUACAUCAAAAUCAAGCUGAGGACCAAAUGACAGAUUUUUUGCUUCCUAGCAACCUAGUAAAUAAUCCUGCAAGGCAGCCCCCAAGUUACAAACAAGAUAGGUUUUGUGGGUUUGUUGUUGAAUUGAAUUUGUAUGUAGGUUUGAACAGGUACAUUUUUAAGUGUAACUCCAGCCAAAAAUAUUGAUUUUUUUCACUUUGGAUAGCAUAGGGAAGGUUUAACACCUCUAUAGUGUUUGUUUUGCUAUCUGUGCCCCUGUUCAGAAGGCUUCACCUCACUUUCUGUCCCUGUGAUAAUUGGAUUGUGAAAAAUCUGGCUUGUUAUGGAAACAAGUAUUGGUGAGAAAGCUUCAGUUGAGACACCUUUUCGCCAUGAUAACUCUUUCUCUUCCUAGGGGUAGAUUUCUCUCACUUCCUGUUGUCUCACUCCCAUUCUUAACUAUGAGUCAUUUUUUAAGUCAGAUGUUUGUAACUCGGGGAAUGCAUGCACUUAGAUCUCUAAAGACACUUAGUAAUGUUGUGUUUUACUUUCAGUCAAUUAGUUUUGAUGGCAUAUAUACUUGCCUAUACACACUGGUUUGUUGCUGAGCUGAACAGUUUCAGAGACCCAGUCCAUAUCACUCUUACUCUCUUUGUGUUUAUAUUGUCUUCUACAUCUGUAUAUCAAUUUAAUCUUUUGACUUUUCUGUAUCUCUUUCAGUCUACUUGACACUCCUUACGUGAAUUCUAGCUAUCCAUUGUCAUUCCCGUAGGCUGAGCAAUGUUGGUUUUUUUUCAGAGCCUACCUUAGUCUUUUGAACUUAAAGGAGACACACCUCCUUUUGCAAAUAGGUCUUGUGAUACAUUCAGAUUUCAUGUGUAAAAUAUUUAUGAAAUAUUUACUUCAUGUCACAUGCAGUUUCAGAGAUGAGUGGGUUACCUUGAGGAGUAGAAACGUUUGAGAGUUGUUUUAAAAAAAAUGAAAGUAAUGAUUUUAAAACUUAUUUCAAAACGUAUUUGGGCUUCCAAAUGUUCACAUUUCCUUCCAGCAAGUUUUAAAUGGUGUGCAUGUCAUCCCUGUACAAGCUACUCAGAAACAGGGUCUACUGAAUUCAGUAACAUUUGCUCUUCAGAGAAUAUAACAGUAUAACAUUUCAUCCAUAUGUUCCUGGCCUCAGAUCUUCAUGCUAUAGGUAUAGAAUAAGGAUAUCUACCUUCAUGUAUCUGCUAAAUACUCAGUGCUUUUGGUUAGAGGUUGGAAGGAGGCAAGGUUCAUCCUUCCUACUUUUCUAAACUGGUGGCCAGUACUGAUACUUCGUAACACAGUGGCUGAAAUUUUGUUAGUCCCAACUAAACUACAUCAAUUUAAUAAAUGGUUAAAUGGGUGUCAACAUAUAAGUACAGUGGUCAAGUCAGUAGCUCUGUUGGACUAACAAAGGAUUAAAACUUUUAUGUGGCAUUCAGUGCCAGUUUGGCAGCUAUAGUUAUAUAGUUAUAGCACUAGAGUUGGAGUUGAAGAAAAAGGAACACUUACACUCAGUAUCCUUUGUGCAUAAGAGUUUCAAUAUGCACUGACAAUAUGUGCUUCAUUUGAAUUGCUACAAUACACAUCAGCGUUUUUACAGCCUCUAGCUAGGUUUAAUUUCAUUUUCUAGUCCAUCAGAGGACUGUUAGUAUGACACACAUAUUUCAAUUUAAAAAUGCUGCAGAAAACUGUUUUAGCUCAGGUUGGAAUUGAGUGCAACUAAAGGUACCACACUCCUUCACUGUUGUAAAAUAUUUAUGUUCCAGUACAAACAAGUACAAGGCAUGUCAACAUUUGGUGUUAAGUGUAACUUCAGUUAGGAUAUUUCCCCUAUUUUGGGGAAAUGCCCUAUUUUUGAUUAAAUAAAUGAGGAGAAAAUACAACAUUUUCUUCCUGAUUUUAAAAUUGUCCUGCUAGUGGAGCUUCUUGAUGUCUUAGCUUGUUUGACUUCUGUCGUCUAAAGAUACUGAUAUGUUAGAUUGUUAGCCAUCAUGCUGAUGUAUGCAGUACAUUAAUACUUCAAUUAUGAAAUGUGAAAAAACAUGGUGAUGUCUGCUAAGUAACAAUUGGAUUCAGAAUGUACCAGACAAUAAAUGUGUGUUUAUUUUUUAA